AUGUCGACUUCUGACCAUCUCGAGACAAAUGGUCAGACGGAACGCGUCAUCAACUUCCUCGAAGAGAUACUUCGAGGGUAUGUUCACUCGUUUACGAGCUGGAUUGAGUUCUUGCGGAUGGCGGAAUUCGCCAUCAACAACUCGGUGCACGCGUCGACAACGCAUACACCGUUCUUCGUGAAUGGCCUACGCCAUCCACGUUUACCCGCCUUCUUAGAGUGUGACUCUAGUUUAAAAGGGGGGUGGACUCACUCGAACAAAACCCGAUAUGGUUCCUGCUCAUCAUCCGUUGACAAUGGUGUCGACGUGAUGGAUGCCGAAGGCCAUGCGAUCGACACCAAUUAUGAUGAUGACGACGAUGAUGAAACAUUUAGCAUCCCUAAUGACCGCAACAAUGAGGACGAUCACUCCCUCACUGGUGAAGACAACGUUCUUUCAGCAGUGCACACGAAGCGCACUGCUGUUGACAAGGAUUAA